AGAGUCAGAGACUAAAGACUCUAAGCAUCUUGCCGUCUCGGGACUCUCGUCUUCCUCUUCCACUCUUCCCGUUCCAGUCUUCCAGACCAGAGUCGAGAGUCCCGUCUCUUCGACUACCGCGGCUGCCGAACGUCACCGAUUCACCCAGCACCAACAGGAACACCGAACAUGAAGUCACGAACGGCGUUGGCUCAUUGCCGAAUGCCGUGGCUCCCGACUGCCGCUGCUGGGCUGCAUCUUCCUCAGUUCGUCUCUUUGAUUGUCGCGGCCGCCGGAUGUCAGUUCAGUUCGUCUCUUCAACUGUCGCGGCUGCCGGACGUCACCGGCUCACCUAGCACCAGCAAUAACACCGAACACGAAGUCAUGAACGCCGUUGACUCGUUGCCGAGUGCCGCGGCUGCUGCUGCAUCUUCCUCAGUUCAGCUCCUCCAUGCUUUGUUACUAUCAAUGGCGUACAGAUGUGGCAUUAAAAGAUGCCUAUAUGGCAGCAAUAGCAAUGAUACCAAAUAGAAAAGCUGAGAAACAGCAUGCUUAUACAACACCUUUUUUGAAAAAAUGCCUCCCAAAAAAUGGUAUGUUCCCAAACACCCCCUUAAUUUGCAUCUGAAAAUAGAUUAAGCAUAUUUGAUUCCUCUAUAUGCUAUAGCUAGCCCAUAAUUCAUAGCUCUGAUUUCAGCAUCUCCACCUCCUUUGGCAUCACUAAUUACCUUAUAAUUUAUUUGCUGUGUGUAAUUAAUUGCAUCGCCCUUUAUUAUAUAUAGAUAUAGAUAAAAGAUAUUAGGAGACAUCUGAUUCAAGGAAGUACAAGAACAAAUGGAGCAUAUCUGAAGCCUUGUAUAUCCCCCUUACAAUCCCAUUUGGGGGUAUUCUGUUUUC